CUUUUCUUUUUUCCUUUCGUACAGUAAUCCCCCUUCCCCAGUCCAGUCAUCGGUGUGAUGACUCAGGCCGAAGCCGCACCGCAUUACCAACCCACCAAACCACCAAUAAGCACCAUCAUCACCAUCACCAUCAUCAUCACCACAAACCACAAACCACAAACCACAAGCCACUCCCUCCCUCCAUCAAUCACCAUUAUGCAAACCUACCUUACAUGAUCCCUCCCUCCUUACCUCAUCCCACACAAAAUAUUGAACCCCCGCCCUUGCAUCUAUGGCUGCCUGAUGGAUGACGCAGUAACCUUAUGUGUGUCAGAAAGGGGUUUUGUUUGACCGAUUUUCUCUUUUUUUUUUUCUUUUGCUUUGCGAGGUUACCUUACUUUACCUUGGGGGGUAGGUAGGGGGGCGUUUUUUUGCUGCCUGGAUAGAGUAAGGUAGGUAGGUAAGAUAAUAAGGUAGGGAUUGGGUUUUUGGUUUAUGUAUAUAAAGAGAGAGGAGGGAGAGAGAGAGAGAGGGAGAGAAAGAGAAAGAGAAAAGAGAGAGAGCGCAUUUAUAUCCAUAUAUCCAAAUCAAAACCCCAAUCCCAACCCCCCCUCAAAAACAACCCGCAAACCACCAACCAUCCAACCAUCAAACAUCCAAAUAAAUGUACCUUCCACUUCCACUUCCACGCACAAGCACCCCCCUCACACCCCGAUCUCUCGACCAACCCACUUCUCUCCCACCUCACCCCACCUCCUCCACAUCCACAUCACACACCACAAGAUUAUCCACCGGUGCAGCAAUCGCGCUCAGCGUCAUCGUUACGGUUCUUGUGCUUGUGUUCAUCUUGUUGUUUGUGUUUCGGAGGAGAGUAUGUGGAGGAUGGGGACGGAAGGGGGAUGGGGAGAGUGAGGUAGAGAGGGAUGGGAAGGAGGAGGAGGAUGGGGAAGAGGAGAAGAGGGAGAUGAAGAUACAGAUAUGGGAGCUGGAGCUGGAGGGCGGGAUGGAGAGGAUGGAGAGGCCGGGGAAGGUGCGUGUUAGAUGAAUUGAAUUGAUGAAUGGAAGAGGGGUUGAGAGGGGUUUUUUUUUGUUAAAAAAAGGGGGGGGAGGGGGGAUGGCGAGGGAUAGGGAUAGGGAUAGGGGGAGUUGGGUAUCAAGACGGGUAUGGGGUUCUGUGCAUGGCUUUCAUUGAACGAUGGUUGGAUACCUAUGAUGGUUAGAUACCUAUGUAAUUUCAUACGGAUGAAGGAGCCGGACGGACGUUCGACAUACUGGAUGAGUG